AUGAGCUCGUCGUCACAACCUGCGCAGAAGAGGGCCAAGACGGAGGGCGCAUCCGACACCGCCGGCGCUGCCGCGCCGUGGGUGGAGAAGUAUCGGCCGCGCACAUUGGCAGAGGUGGAGGCGCAGGAUGAGGCCGUCGGCGCCCUCCGCGCGUGCUUGAAGGAGGGGGCCAACAUGCCUCACUUUCUCUUUCACGGCCCACCUGGCACGGGCAAGACGACGUCCAUCCUCGCCGUGGCGCACGAGCUGUUUGGCCCCGACUACAUCCGCAGUCGAGUGCGCGAGCUGAACGCCUCUGACGACCGUGGUAUCAACGUGGUCCGGGAGAAGGUGAAAAUCUUUGCUCAAGGCGCUGUCUCGAGCAGCGGCAGCAGCGUCACCCAGUCGGAUGGAAAAGUCUACCCGGUACCACCUUUUAAGCUCAUCAUUCUCGACGAGGCCGACGCACUGCUCCCCGAUGCCCAGGCCGCUCUGCGGCGCAUGAUGGAGGACUUUAGCGAUGUGACCCGCUUUUGCAUCCUCUGCAACUAUGUAAGCCGCAUCAUCGAUCCAAUCGCGAGCCGAUGCGCCAAGUAUCGCUUCAAACCGCUUGUAAAGAGUGCCCUCUAUCACCGCAUCGAGUACGUGGCCCAAGCCGAGGGCAUCACCCUCUCACCGGCCUCUCUCCACGCCUUGGACACCGUAAGUGGCGGCGAUCUCCGUCUCGCCAUUAUGCACCUCCAGUCGGCACAAAAGGCGAAGGGGGACGACUUGUCGAAGGAGGACUUCGUUUCCGUAUCCGGCAGCGUGCCGGCGGACGUGAUGCAGCGAUAUCUCAGCGCACUGUUCUCUCACCGCUUAGAGGAGGUGAUCCAGGCAUCGCGCAGGCUGGUUGCGGAAGGCUUUGCCGCGGCACAGGUGCUGCUUCAGAUACAGCACUACCUUGUGAGCGCCGGGUGUCCGCUGAACUCGGCUCAGCGCGGCAAGAUUAUGCUAAAGCUAUGUCAGACAGAGCGGCGCCUUGCCGAUGGGGGAGACGACUAUCUGCAGCUGCUCGACAUUGGAAGUGCUGUGUGCUCCGCAUAA